CGGUCUCUAAACACCACACAUUAUUAUUACUUUUCGAAUCGCUAAAAUUUAAAUAGUGAAUAGGCCGGAGUCUAACUAUGACGCAAUGUGAUGAAAUGCCAUUCCAACCGGCGUUAAGUCGACAAUGCGGCGACUUCUGUUGAAGGCCGUUGUCGUGCCCGGCCCAUGCCCAUGCUGAACUCUUACGACGUCCGUCAACAGAACGCAAGUGGUUAUUCAUAAUUCGCUCUUCACCUUUGUAAUCUAACAAUUACAAAGGCGAUUCGUCAUGAGUUCCGACUGUGGAUUCGAAUGUAAAAAGAUCAGUGAGCUUAAAGGAAUCGGAUUGUUCGCGACGAAGAGUUAUCGGGAGGGCGAGACGAUUUUCGUAGAAGAUCCGUUGGUCGCUGCACAGUUUUCGUGGAAUGAAGCUUACGGCUAUCUAGCUUGUCACCACUGUCUGAGACCCUUAGAGACAGUAGAAGAGAAUGUGAAAAGGCUUACGAAUAACUCAAACAUUAUUGUGCCGCUGCCGAAGUUGUGCUCGACGGACCAGUCUAAACACAGAGCCUGUGAGUUGUGUGAGAUACAGUUUUGCAGUGAUGUCUGUAAAGAAUUGGCAUUUCAACAGUACCACAAUGCGAUAUGUUUUGCUAAAAAACCUUCCCUUUUAGGGCUGUGUGAAAAAUGGAAAAAAAUACAUUAUCCUCCAGAAACUACUAGCAUUAUGCUUUUACUAAAGAUAAUCGGAAUGGUCGAACAAGCCGAAGGAAAUGAAGAAUUAAUGAAUAGAUUUUUAAAUUUUAGCCAUGGGUCUUCAGAUGAAAGAGAGGGUAUGCUUUUAAAACUAUUCGGACCUGAAAAUUCGGAGAAACUUAAAAUACUUCAUACACAACUCACACAAUCGCUUUCUGUGAGGCAUGCUGGAUCUCUUGUUUCAGAGGAAGGGAUGAAAUCUCUGUUCGCUCUCAUCGGACGAAACGGUCAAGGGAUCGGCACAAGUGUUUUCAGCGAGUGGGUGAAAGUAGUAGAAAAACACGAAAUGUCUAAUGAAGACAAGGAAAGGACGGACAACUUUAUUGAUGCUGUCUAUCAGGCGAUGGACGAAUAUGUCGGCACCUUCCUUAACACCGAAGGGUCUGGACUUUACGAAACACAGAGGUGCAUAAAUCACAGUUGCAGUCCGAAUGCCGUCGUCACAUUCCCAUAUAGUAAUUCGACUUUGCUGCUACAAGCAAAAACAAACAUUGAACCCGGAGAUGAAAUAUGUAUUAGUUAUUUGGACGAUUGUCAACUUGAAAGGAGUCGACAUUCGAGAAACAAAGAUUUUAGAGAUUAUUAUCUAUUUGAAUGUACUUGUGAGAAAUGCUUGAGUCAGUUGAAUGACCCUGAUGUUACGAGUGAAGAAGAAAGUGAAGAAGAGGUCGAGGAUAUGGAUUGUUAACCCAUCUAUAACCAUAAAUAAAACAAAAUCAUAAAGUAUUUAACUUUUUAAGAUCAUAUAAAACUUAAAUAAUAUCGUUAUACAAGACUGUUCUAGAAGUCCUUAUGCAUCAAAAUAUAUUAUUUACUUUCAUCCCAAAA